UUCUUAUAAUAUAUAGAAACCAAAAAAAAGCAACUGUUGAUAUCAUUACUGUAAAAAGCUUUUAUUCUUAUCCGUUUUUAUGGUACAUUAUUAUCCAAUUUGAUGUACCAAUACAUUGAAUGCUUCGAACAAAUCAAAAUUAUAAUUUAGUGAAAUUAUCAAUAUGACCUUCAACAUAAUAACACUUUCUCUCUAUAUAAAGGUCGUUAGCAUUCAUGAAUAGUAGAAUAAUUCAGUUUGAAAUAUACACAGAGAAAAUUCAAGGGGGAAGCAAGUGUAAGUAUCUUACAAAUAUGUUGAAGAGAGCUUAAUAAGUGCCCUGCUUUUUAGAUAUUAACUCAUUUUCUAAGAGCUUUUAUUUGUUGCAGGAAAUUAAAGAUGAACAUUAGGCGUACAACCUCGAGUUAUGCCUUCAUAUUUCUUUUGCUAUGCUUUGUCUUGUUAUCAGAAAUUAACGUCCUUACAUCCCAGAUGGUAUUUGGAAAAUCCAGAAAACAGUUUUCUAAUGUGGAUAGGCCAGUUGUUGCCACUAUCCAGACAAUUCAUGGAGACACAUAUAAUUGUAUGGAUUUCUAUCAUCAACCAGCAUUCGAUCAUCCUGCAUUGAAGAAUCGUAAAUUUAAUUUUCAGAUGAUAAACUCUUAUUAUCGAGGUUUGGAAGUUAGAGCAACUAACUCAACCUCAUAUGGGGACGAACCAUCAUACAUAUGGUUAAAUGGUAAAGGAUGUCCAAUUGGAACGGUGCCAAUUAGAAAGACUGCAAUAAGUGAUUUGCACAAAGCAAACCUUGAUGCUUCUCUUGCGUCCAACCUCAAUCCAGGUGUUCAUGUUGCGGUACUUAGGUCUACCGGGGACAAAAGGUACCAUGGAGGCGGAAUGUGGACUACCGUAUAUAGUCAUAACGUUGGAGCCAAUCAAUACACUUCUAGUCGUGUAAAAUUGGAAAAUGGUCUUGAUAGUAUUGCUGUUGGAUGGACAGUUAAUCCGAGCCUGUAUCAAGAUAGUCAGACUCGACUUUUCAUAUACACAAAUACUAAGGAUGUGCAUUGCUACAACACCUUUUGCCCGGGAUUUGUGUUGACGAACCAUGAGAUACCAUUGGAUGUUGUUCUUCGACCUGUUUCCAAAAGAGGCGGACCAAUAUUUAUACAAAACUUUAAUGUUAGCAAGGAUCUUUACAGUGGAGAUUGGGUUUUCAGAUUUGGACCUCACAAUAAGGUUUUAGGGUUUUGGCCGACAGAAAUAUUCAAUGGAUUAGCAAAUUAUGCCAACUACGUGGAAUGGGGAGGAGAAGUUUACAGUCCUCCGGGAACUGUAAUCCCGCCAAUGGGAUCUGGUUGCCGGCCUUAUGGAGACACAAAACUAGAUGGUUAUGCUAGUUCAAUCAGAAUUGUAGAUGAAAAUGAUGUUCUUGAUUAUAAUCCUGCAGAUUGUGAAAUCUAUCAAGAUGAUAGAGUACACUACGGUGCGAUUGAUAAAGGAAAUGUUGGGGGUAGUUUGCAACGCCUUUUUGAGUUUGGCGGUAAUAGCUUGCUUUACGAUCCAAGUGCUCCUUUUGCUUGUUGAGAGUCGAUUAACAACUGUAUUUCAAUGAAAAUUAAUAAAAACUUUGUUUCCUUUCAAAGUUUACUAUUAGAUUAAGAGUGUAAACAAGAUGUUGACUUUCAAUUGUUCCUCACAAAAUUGAGAUACCAAGCCACUCUCAAAGUCCAAAUCUUAUUCAUUUUACACUUUCGUGGUAUGCUAUUUAGUGAACCGAUCAGUACUAAUCUAUGCUUUACAUGUUAGCGAAAUAAACUUUUUCUUGAGCG